AUGGCAAACCUUCUCGAACCAAUCACCAUAGGCGGCAGAGUCCCUCUCAGAAACCGUAUCGUCAUGGGUUCAAUCACUCGUAACCGCUGCAUAGACGAUAACAAACCUGGCCCAGCCCAGAUAAAGUACUACGUCGAUAGAGCCAAGUAUGGCGCGGGUCUCAUCGUCACCGAAGGCACUUUCGUCGAUUGGACUGGCUGUUACUGGAAACACGCUCCUUUCAUGGUCACCCAAGAGCAUGCAGAUGCCUGGCGAAAGGUGACUGACGCUGUACAUGAUGUUAGUGGAAAGAUCUUCUUUCAGGCGUGGCAUGCUGGGAGGUGUCAGCAUGAUCAGCUGCCUAUUAUGAAAGAUAGAGGUGCCAAGGUUCUGGCUCCUUCUGCUAUCAAAGCUCAGGGUGGGAAAUAUCGAGGAUUGCCUGGGAUGCCUGGGCAUACGGACAACAUCGAGGCCAUUACACAUGUUCACGCUGUUAUUGAUACUUACAGGCGAAGCUGUGAGCUAGCUAAAUCAGCUGGCUUUGAUGGAGUUGAGCUUCUUGCUCAAGGCGGCUAUCUGCCUCAACAAUUUCUCAGCAGCCGUGCAAAUCACCGUAUGGAUGAGUAUGGUGGUUCAGUCGAGAACAGAUGCCGCUUCACCCUCGAACUCGUCGAUGCAAUCGCCGCCGUCUUCAAUGGGCCCGAGUAUAUCUGCGUCAAGAUUAACCCUACAGACCAUCUCAACGAUUCUAUCGUUAGCUUUGAUGAGAUGAAAGAAACUUAUACGUAUCUCAUCACCGAGCUUGUUAAACGAAAGGUCGGUAUUAUUAAUCUCGGCCGUCGUGGUGCCGAAACGUCCCCUGGUUCAGGGGAAUUCUUUGGACCUCUCCCUCGGCCUGAAGGCUACCCUCUGCCUCCUGGUUAUGAUCCAGUUCUUGAUUUUGGAGAGCUCGUCAAGUUUCCUGGUAGUUCGACUUUGCUCAUGGCCAAUCAUGAUUAUACUGUUGAAGCGGCUGAUGCUCUUGUUGAGGCGGACAAACUCGACAUGAUUACGUUUGCGAGAGCUUUCAUCUGGAAUCCGGAUCUUGUUCCUCGUAUCACUCACGGAAUACCUCUGGCCGAGAAUAGUAGAGACCCUUGGGUUUUUUAUGGGCUGGAAGAGACGCCAGACGAUGGUUACAAUGAUUGGCCAGUUGCCUCAACCGCAUAG